AUGGCUGUGGCUGCGGCUGCUGAAAACACAACGAUCCCGGUGAAUGUGGGCGUUGUUGUUGAUCUUGAUGCACAGUUUCUGGGUGGGAAGAUUUUUUUGAGUUGCAUCAAAAUGGCUCUCGAGGACUUUUAUGCAUCUCAUGCUCACUUCAAGACCAGGCUGGUUUUGCACACCAGGAACUCCGAACACACUGUUGUUGGUGCAGCUUCUGCAGCUCUGGAUCUGAUAAAGAAUGUACAAGUGCAAGCAAUCCUAGGGCCAGUGACAUCAAUGCAGGCAUGCUUCGUUAUUAACCUUGGAGACCAAGCUCAUGUCCCCAUUUUAUCAUUUUCUGCAACAAGCCCCUCUCUUACGUCUCUCCGAAGCUCCUACUUUUUUCGACUUACACAAACUGACUCAUACCAAGUGAAAGCCAUAAGUGCCAUUGUUAAACAUUUUGGAUGGAGACAAGUUGUGCCGAUAUACGUCGACAAUACGUAUGGAGAGGGAGUCAUACCGUUUUUAAUUGAUGCCUUGCAAGACGUUGAUGCUCAUGUCCCCUAUCGGAGUGUCAUCCCUCCAUCUGCCACUGAUGAUCAAGUUGGUAAAGAGCUUUCCAAUUUAAUGGCUAUGCCAACAAGAGUGUUCAUUGUGCACAUGACGCCCAAGCUCUCCUCCAGUCUAUUUGCUAAGGCAAAAGAGAUUGGAAUGAUGAGCAAAGGCUAUGUUUGGAUCUUGACUAAUGGGGUAGGAAAUCGCUUAUGGUCAAUACGUUCGGUUGCCCCAAAUUCAAUGCAAGGAGUAUUGGGUGUGGAAACAGAGGUUCCAAUAACAAUGGAGCUUACAAACUUCAGAAUGAAGUGGAAGAGGCAAUUCCAACGAGACAAUCCAGCCAUCAUUGACUUUGAUUGUGACGUGUUUGGACUUCGAGCUUAUGAUGCCGCUUUCGCACUAGCCUUGGCAGUUGAACAAGUUGGGAAUGCAAGCUUUGAUUUCCAAAAGAGGAAUCCUUCCUUCAACUCAACAGAUCUUGAUACUUUCAAGGCCUCACAAUAUGGUCCAAAGCUUGUCCAGGCCUUAUCUAAGACUACAUUCAAAGGCCUAGCUGGAGAGUUCAGUCUUAAGGAUGGGCAACUUCAACCAUCAACAUUUAAGAUAGUUAAUGUAAAUGGGAAUGGAGGAAGUUUAGUUGCAUUUUGGACACCGGAAAAUGGCAUGGUGAAAACAUUGAAUUCAACAAACAUUAGUAUACUUUCAACUUCUGAGAAGUGUGAUCUUACACCGAUUAUAUGGCCUGGAGGUUCGCAAUCUGUUCCUAAGGGAUGGGAGAUCCCAACAAAUGGCAAGAGGUUGAAAAUUGGUGUUCCUAUGAAGGUUGCUUUUACUGAGUUUGUUAAGGUAGCCAAGAAUCAUAGCACUAACACAACUGACGUCACGGGGUUUAGUAUCGAUGUCUUUAAGGCUGCACUUGAAGUAUUACCAUACGAUCUUCCUUUUGACUUCAUUCCCUUCGCAAAGCCUGAUGGAACCAGCACUGGAACUUACAAUGAUUUGGUCUAUCAAGUAUAUCUUAAGAAAUUUGAUGCUGUGGUGGGAGAUAUAACAAUUACAGCAAAUAGAUCCUUGUAUGUAGACUUCACAAUGCCAUACACAGAAUCUGGUGUGGUAAUGGUUGUGCCAAUCGUAGACACCAGGAGCAAAAAUGCAUGGGUUUUCUUGAAACCUUUGACUUGGGACUUAUGGCUUACAACUUUUUGUUUCUUCGUCUACAUUGGUUUCGUCAUUUGGGUGCUUGAACAUCGAAUUAAUGAAGAUUUCCGUGGCCCUCCCUCACAUCAAGUUGGCACAAGUUUCUGGUUCUCUUUCUCAACCAUGGUGUUUUCACAUAAGGAGAGAGUGGUUAGCAACUUGGGCAGAUUCUUGAUGAUAAUAUGGGUAUUUGUUGUGCUAGUACUGUCACAAAGUUACACAGCUAAUCUAGCAUCACUAUUAACAGCUGAACGACUCCGGCCAACUGUCACCGAUAUAAAGGAUCUUAUAAGGAGUGGGGAUAGUGUCGGCUACAUGAAGAAUUCUUUUGUUCAUGAACUCUUGAAACAAAUUGGUUUUGAUGAGUCCAAGCUUAAGGCUAUGACUUCCAUGGAAGACUGUGACCAAGCUCUUUCCAAAGGGAGUGAAAAGGGUGGUAUUACUGCUUUUGUUAAUGAAACCCCCAACAUAAAGCUUUUUCUUGCAAAAUAUUGUUCCAAAUAUACCAUGAUUGGUCCAAUCUUCAAAACUGAUGGGUUUGCCUUUGUGUUUCCAAAACGUUCCCCUCUUGUACCAGAUAUUUCACAGGCAAUCCUAAAUGUGACCGAAAGAGAGAAGACCAUGAACAUCGAAAACAAGUUGUUCAGUCAAGAAGGCAAUUGUCAAGAUAACUCUGGUCCAAAGGUUUCAAGCAACAUUCUUGGGCUUGAAAGCUUUUGGGGCCUAUUCCUCAUUGCUGGGGUGGCUUCAAUUCUAGCUCUCAUUAUCUUUGUAGCUUCCUUCCUUUACAAGCAGAGGCAUAUCUUGAAGCAUGCUGGGGUUCGAGCCAUGUUCGAAAUUUUCAACGAAAAAGACCUCAACUCCCAUGCUUUCAAAAGCAGUCCACAACGAAAUGGCAGUGCUGGUGAUCAAGUUGAAGUGAAAACCUCACCUAACAGCAAUUGGCGUGAAAGUCCAUUCAGCUAUUCGAACCACACAGAUAAGGACUUUGUAUUCCUUGAUGGGCAAGAAACACCAUCUACUACUAGCCAUGCGUCUCCAGUUGUAGUUCCAACAACUGAGCUUGCCCGUCGCUAUCCAAGAAAUGCAUAG